CGCAAGCCCCUUUUCGCCCCCUCCCGAGAUCGACUCGAUUCUCUGCUGGCUGUUGUUUCUCCGAAGCCCCAUCGUUCAGCAUUCAGAAUAGCAGUUAGAGAGAGGCUAUUCAAUGCCAGCCCUCGCUCUCAACGUCAUCGUCGCUCCUAUUCAAGGCGCCGCCACCCACGCUGCAUUCUCCGCAGCCCUCAGCGUUUACUGACAUUUGCCAAACCGUGCCCACGCACGGCCGGUCAGAUUGGGUGUGGUCGUCGUUGGUGGUCCUCUGUGAAAACAACGGCAGUUCCGUCGUUGAAGACCUCACAGGAAUAUCAGCGCUUCGCACCUCUACUUUAACCCUAUCGAGGACUCGAUCUUCACAACCAUGGCUGAAACAUCUUACGGUCACUGGGAUGAGUUAAUCCCGUCCUCUCCCGGUUUGAAGACGAUGCAUGGGUUGUACCUCUUUCUAGGAGUGUCAAUCUGUUUUCUGUCUCUGUUCUCCCUCGUCAUCAAAAACCGCCUCUUUCUAUCGAACGCGCUGAUAGCGUCCAUUCUUGGAGUGAUCUUUGGACCGCGGUUACUCGGGAUCUUUGACCCUUACCAAGCCUUUGACCAAAACAUCUACUGGGUGCUGUUGGAGUUGUCGAGAAUCAUUCUAUGCAUUCAAUGCACGGCCGCAGGAGUCUCAUUGCCGGGAAGCUACGUGAUGAGGGAAUGGAGGAGCCUGGCAGUUUUGCUCGGAGUGGGAAUGAUUGGGAUGUGGGUUAUUAGUGCCGCUGGGCUUUGGUUGAUUCUUGGGCUCGAUGGGUGGACGGCUUUCAUCAUUGCCGCUUGUAUCACGCCAACGGACCCCAUCCUCGCAGGCUCCAUCCUGGAAGGCAGAUUCGCCGAGCAGCAUAUCCCUGUCUACGUCCGCGACAUUCUUACGGCCGAAUCAGCCGCAAAUGACGGUCUAGGUUUACCCUUCCUCAUGUUGGUCAUCUAUCUCCAACGCUUCGACAACAAGGGCGAGGCGAUCGGCUUGUGGCUCGGCAAAGUAGUACUCUACCAAAUCAUGCUGUCCAUCGUCGUCGGGAUGCUCUUUGGAAUUGCAUCAAGAAAAGCCCUCAAGCACGCCGAGCACAAAGGGUGGAUUGAUAAAGCCCCGUUGCUGAGUUACUCGAUUGCGCUGGCGAUCUCUGUAACCGGUGUUAUGAGCUUGAUGGGUGCGGAUGAUAUCUUGGCUAGUUUUGUGGCGGGGACCAUGUUCACUUGGGACAUGUGGUUCAACAAGCAGAUUCAGCACUCCCACCUGCAGGAAAUCAUCGAUAUGCUACUCGACCUUGCGUACUUUAUCCUCUUUGGCGCGAUGUUUCCCUGGUCGUCAUUCGGCACCGUUCCCAGCCUCUCGGCAUGGCGAAUAAUCCUUGCAUGUCUGUUCAUUCUGCUCUUCCGGCGGCUUCCGGUCAUCAUGUUGCUAAGGCGGUGGGUUCCCGCUUUGAAAACAAGGAAAGAAGCAUUUUUCUGCGGUUGGUUCGGUCCAAUGGGAGCCUCCGCCCUCUUCUACGCCAUGCUCUGCAUCACCUACCUCGAGCUCCCCGCAGACCCAAUCUUCCCCAUCGUAGCGGCCUGCGUCCUUUCCUCCAUCAUCGUCCACGGCGGCACAGUCUCCCUCUUCCAUUUCGGCAUCACGCGAACGCAGACGUACAGAUCGUGGAGGGACACGGGGCAUGGGGGAUGGAUGGCGUUCACGCGGUCGAUGAGGGGUGUGAGGACGCUGGUGAUGCAGGAGCGGCAGGGGGAUGAUCAUGACGGGGCGGUGAAUGGUUGGAAUGGGGACAUGGAGGAGAUUGCUGUGGAUAUCAAUGAGGAGGGUGCUGCGAAGAAGAGCGUCGUGGUCACUGAUCGAGCCGGGUCACCGGAAGACACGCAUCAUUGUCCGGAAGGAGAUUUCCCACUUCAUCGCGUAGCGGGUGUUUUGGAGGCGGCACUGAGUGACCGGCUGCAUGAGGCCACUGUGGAGGUUGUUGAUCAGUAUCGGAAUGAAGAAACGGGCGAUAGGGUUGCGGUCUUGGAAGCCAGGCUGCCUGAGCUGGCUCAUUCGGAAUAGGGGAACUAUCAUUCAUAAGUUUCGUACAAUAGACGUUGGAGCUUUGAGAACGAGUCCGAAGCCGGUUGUACAGUACAAUACCAAAAUAGAGCACCGGUGGCCUCGAAACGUUGAAGCUUUGAAAACCGCGCUCGCCAAAGAUGUCAUGGGCAUAAGGGCCGGGCUGUACGCCAAUAAAGCAG